AAAAUUAAAUCUAUAGGAAGUGCUGGUCCAAUUAUCAAUUUACAAAUACAAAUGCUAUUUUUGACCAUGCACCCACUUAUUGGCUUUAAGCAUUAGAGUGUGGGCACUUAAAGAGAUUGUUCACCUUAUUAAACCACCAACAAUGCUCUCAGUGUGUUAGAAAAUUGAUUUUCCAUAAGUGGAAACUGGCAACUGGCCAGUUUGCCUCAUCAGUUUUGUAGAGUCCUGCCCCUUUGCUUAAAUAUUGUUGCCAGACAAAAUGCAUUUAACACUUUUAUUUCCUGGUAAAGGAUUAUUAUGUCUGGGCUUGGCCUGUCCUUUAGUUACCUGCUGGGUAACACAAGCAAUAUAUAUUUUUUAUAUAUGUUACUUGGUUACAGAUUUUUGUAGUCAGCUAUGGCCUUUAGAAUUGUAUGGACUUGCAUACUUUUAUAGUAUGGCUGUGGAGGGUGUUUUCUAGAGAAAGAAUGCAUGCAUUGUGGAGUGCUUAUAACUAGGGGAAUGGGUCCUCCUGUCAGGGCCAGAAUUAGGGGUUGGCAGAAGAGGCACCUGCCCAGGGCCAGGCAGGUACUUCUUCUUCGCCUAGGGCAUCUGGCCGGCUUGGCCCAGGAGAUGCAGAGCUCGGUGGGUGCAGGCCAGUCAUAGGCCAGGAACUAUUGACAGCGCCCUGUUGCAGUCUGCAUCCUCUACUGCUCCUUAACUAGUAAAUGAUGCUGAAAUGGAGGGGGGGGGGGGCAAGUUACAUGCCCCCAAAUGUCCAUUUGAAUACAAUGCUGCUGAAUGCUGGCAAGGCUGUAUUUAUGGGACUAGAUACAGGUCUCUGUGCUCCAAAAAGUAGUUCAGAGACCUGCAUCAGUUCAUGAAGAAAGGGAGAAAAUUGCAAAAAUCGUCCUGUGGCAACCUGCCUUCUUGAUAGUAAAUGACUGACUAUGACUGACUAUGAAUAUGUGCAGCAUAGGUGAGUAUGAUUAUUCACAUUCAUGUCAUGGCAGUGAAAGAAAGCAGUCAUUUUGUCAUAAAGCUGUAUUAAAAAUCCAUACAGUUAGGAGAAGAGAAAUGCACUGUAUUGAAAGAUGUUACUAAUUCUCAGUUUUGAUGCACUUAAAACAGUAUUUGGUUUGAGAUUAAUGUUUUUGUGUAAAUAGAAUUUUUUUUAAAGUUCUAGAAAACUAAAUACAACAAUUUUUUGUUUACAGAUGAUUCUUUUUCUUUAAUAGAUUUUAUUAUGUAAAUUAUGCACCACGCCACCUUCCAGGCAUUCCCAGUAAAAUUUUCUGAUUUAACUGUACGGCACAUGUGCAAGUAUAAUUCACGUGGUGUACCCUAAAAGAAACAUUGGUCCGUGGAAAAGAACUUAGCAAUUGGGUUUACUAAUCUGUGUCAUUUAAUUACUUUUGUGAGAGAUGCAUUAUUUUCCCCAAGAAUUUGCGGUAGUUUUGCCACGGCCUCAUACAAAUGGUCCUAGCACUUAAUAUUUUGUUUAAAUAUUCAAAUAUAUAUGGUGAUGGAAGGUUAUUUUUAAUGGCCCUGUCUCAAACCUAGAGCAUUUAAACAGAUGGGUUCUUUAUUUUUUUUUUUUUUUAAGUUUUAUGUCGAUUAAUUACAUUGAAAAUAAUAACACCCCUUAUUCCUGACACAAUUUGCAUAUCUUGCAUGUUGUAUGCUUGUACAAUCAACCAAGAGAGUGUAUAUCCUGACACAUUGUUUCCUAGUUGUGGUUAUCAGUCAGACACAGACAUUCCCUGAUAGGAGUUUAGAAGGAACAGAACAAAACAUUAUUCAUAGAAAGGACAUACAGGGUGCCACCUAUUUCUAACUAGUGUUGAAUAAAGUAUGGAGUCAAAGUCUGCCCAGUGUCACACAAUUAGAGGAUCUGUUUUCAUCCUCCUACUGCUUAUCACAUGGACGCAAUGUUUCUCUGAAUUGGACCUGCGUGAAUGUGUGGCCACUUUUGGGGGAUUUGUGAGCAUCACAUUUACCUAUGACACAAAAUUCUAUGAGCGACAACUGAGCAGCUGGUGCCUGCAAGUGUCUAGAACAGAAUGUGUCAAUAUUGUUGACAUAUAUGGAAGGAUUAUUCAUACCCAUGAAGGUCGAGUGACUCUUGUACAGAUUAUAGGGAAUACUGGUUCUAUCACUGUAAAUAUGACAAAUUUACAAAUCUGGGAUACUGGCCUGUACAAGUGGAGAAUAUGGGUUGGGACAAGCUACAAGGUGGUGCAAAGUGUACUGCUGCAUGUGACAGAAGGGACGCCUUCCAGAUUACCGGUAGUUAGAGCUUCAGUUCAUGGGUAUGUAAACAUGAGCUGCUCAUACAACAAACAACAGCAAUGGUCUAAAAUAUGGUGCAAGCAGAUGGGCCCUAGGAAAUGUGACUGGGUGGCUCAUUCAGAUGGAAGCACAAGCAGAGAUUAUGAAAGAAGACCUCUCAUCUACAAUGAUAUUAAGGCUCAACAGAUGAUUAUGAAGUUCACACAACUUGAACUUUGGGACAGUGGGCUCUACAAGUGUACUGAAUAUGGUGGGGAAACAAUCCUUGACCAGGUUCUUCUGCAUGUAACUUCAAAGAACAUCCAGAGCAAUGAAGUCACACAACCUGGCACAAGGAAGGACAAUGUCUUAACAACACUUCAGGUCACAAACUUCUCCACCCAAUCAGAAAAAAACAAUAUCCUCCCAUCUGAUGUAUUAACCACCACUGUGCCACCUAAUUUGGGUACCAAUGAAGUAACUGAGUCAUCAAGGGUGAAGCAAAUACAGAGCAAUGCCUGGGAUGUUAUCCGCUGGCUUAUUUUCCUGAUCAUGGUCACGUUCCUUCUUUGCUGCAUUUACUGUACAAGUAUUUUGGAUCUGUGCUACAUACCAAUGUUUCAUGAUGGAUUAAGGAGAAACAAGAAGUUCAAGUCUAAAGUUUAAGGUCAUUUGUGAAAAGAACCUGGACUCCAGACUAUAGCUGGUGAAGUACCUGUAACAGGACAAGCAAAGCUACUGAUCCCAUUUUCCCUCUCCACAGACCAAUAUGGAUUACCUACUUUCUUUAAAUGUACUAAUUAUAUAUGGACAAUAGCUUUUAAGUAAGAGGAUAUAAAUGGAGAGUGCAUAUUUAGUUAGCCAUGGCUUUCCAAGCAGUGGCCCUUCAAGGAUUCUUAUUGUUCCCCAUCAGUUCAAAGCUUCUACCAAACUUCAAUGUAUAAUUUAAUAAAAUCCAACAUAUAAUUUGUACAACAAGUCCAGUACAUGAUAAACGGACAACUAGAUUUAUACUUGUUGGAGCUGUAAGUAAUAUAGACAACUUUCCAAAUGGUGUUUCUUAUAUGUUUUAAUUGUCAAACUUUCUAAUCUACAUUUCUUCAAAGUGAAACUUACAAGGAUAUCACAUUGCUAGCAUCAUUUUGUAUUCUUACUAUUCACUAACACAUGACAGUUUAAGCAUAUCACGAAAGCAUGUUAUAGCAUCUAUAGAGCUUUUUGGAUAUAAAUAAAAAUGGUCCAAAUGGGUUUUGUUUAAGCAAUAAAAAAAGCACAUUUUUCACU